GCGCGAGGACGUGUCUAUCACAUUAGAUCGAAAUUAAAAAAAAAUGUUUCUUUCAAUUUUUUAUUUAUUAUUUUUUUGUACAUCAAUCCAAGGAGGUUUUGUUGAUGAAGAAUGUUUAAAUUACACAGUGUAUCCAGUGCAAUAUGAAUUAACAAUAAUACCUUAUAUUUUUAAAACUGGUGAUUCUUAUUACGAUUGCAAUAUGGUUGUAACUAUUAUAGCAAAUGCACCGAAUGUUAGAGUUAUAGAAUUGGAUGCUAGAGAUUUGGACAUAAGGCGAGAUUCGAUAAAAGUGCUCGAUGGAGACAUAGACUUGGUGAAUAAACAUAGACCUUACGAGGUAGACAAAGUUAGAGGCAAAUUGUACAUUUAUUUAUCGGAUUCAUUAAAACAGUAUAAUGUUUAUAAGACUCAAUAUUUGUUGAAAAUUUCAUUCAACAAACGUUUGAAAAAAGAAAGUGAUGGAAUAUUUAUACUUGAUUUCAAUGAAGAUGGUACUACCAAAUAUUUAUACACAACACGUCUAUCACCUAACAAGGCGAAAUACUUCUUUCCGUGCUUCGACAAUCCGCGCUUUGAAGCUGUCUUCAAAUUCAAAGUCUACCUGCCGCAGUCUCGCGUCGACAUGCAGAAUUCGAACACAAGUUUGGUAAUAUCUCAAGAGCAACGUCAUUAUACUGCUAGUAACGAUUAUCAAAUAUACGAAUACAUCCCAUCACCACAAGUUGCGUUAUACCAAGUUGGUUUCCAUCAUUCGAAUUUCGGUAAUCGUCGAGUCUUGGCCACAAAAACUAAUGACACACUAAUCGUCUGGGCGCCUGUAACUACGCUGCAGAACUAUAAUUACAUACUCCAGUUCGGAGAUACGAUUGUAAAUCUUAUCCAUGAGUACUCAACCAUCAAUCGGCCGCUUGUAAUUGGCCCGAUCAAUUUAGUGGCUGUACCAUCCAUCCUUAAUGGAUAUGAGAUAGGAAGUUGGAAUCUCUUAACCAAUGGAGACAACAGACUGAUGUACAUACCACAGCUUACCAGUAUAAAGCAAAUGGAAAUGAUGAAGUUUGAACUGGCGCAGCAGCUGAGCAGGAUAUGGCUAGGCAACCCUGGCGAGCCCGAGAGGACCAGGUGGAAAGAGGAGUGGUUCAAGGAAGGCGUUGCUACGUAUUUAGCAUAUUAUUUCUUAGCUCAGUAUAAUCAAGGAAGACAUAGUUCACCGAUUGGUAAAUACGGUCUCGAAAUGAAGCAUAAGGCGAUGUUAGUGGACUGGUAUCACAGUACGCCAGCGCUGGCAACAUUCAACAGAACACUGGCCAUCGAGAUACCUUCAAGAUACAAAAGCCUUGUGACAAUGAAGACCGCGUCAAUAUUAUGGAUGGUAGAGAAUUGGCUGGGAUCGGAAAAGUUCCAGAAGGCGUUAGUAAGAUACAUUAAUUCACGGAGAGGGAAAUACAUAUCUUUGGAAGAUUUCAUGAUCAGCUUGGAUCAAGACACGGUAGAAUGUCUUCAUCAGUUCUUCAAUGGUUCCACAGCAUCAAGGGUCUUAAAGUCGUGGUUCCAUCAAGCUGGGUAUCCUGUUAUUAACGUGCAAGUACUCAGAGAUCGAAAUCCAAAUGUUAUUCUUCUUAAACAGAGACAAUUCAGCUUCACAAACCUCAAUCGUGUGGACUCGAACUAUUUGAUCCCAGUUUCAUACAUAAUGCAGAACAACGAGAAUUGUUACAAUUGCUACCAGCCUCGGUUCACCAUCGGUAUGCAGACGUAUUCCUUCGGAGAGAAUCUGGACGGAGGCUGGAUAAUACUUAACAGGAAUGCUUCUGGGUAUUAUCGCGUUAACUACGACACUUACACGUGGAGACUUAUAGCUAAAACUUUAAAGGAGGACCAUCUUACUAUUAAUGAACUGAACAGAGCUCAAAUUGUUAACGACGUAUUUGCGUUAUUUAGCGCUGGGGAUUUGGAUGUAAAUAUUGCUAUGACAAUUCUGGACUAUCUCAAUGAAGAAUUGAGCGAUGUGGUUUGGGACGCCGCAGCCGCCGGUUUCGAACUAUUGAAGAUAGAUGGCGCUAAUUGUCAUAUGACAAAGACCUUGUAUCAAGAAUGGCAGGAAUUUAUGCGAUCAAAAGUAGCUGCAUUAUACAAACGACUAAUAGACAAUCGAGAACAACGACCAAACAUACGUCUCUUCAGAAGUGUUAUUGUUGACUUCGCCUGCACUCUCAGACAUCAGCCGUGUUUGCAUUACAUGAAAUCGAUACGUACACCGUUCGAAAGACAUAUAAUGAAUCCCGAUUUCCGAGAAACGUUUUACUACGUACAUCAAAGCGAAUCAAAUGGUAAUUUCGGUGGCGAUGGAUUGAAUCGCUGUGAACUGGAGGAGAAAAUUAACGCAGAACAUAAAAUGCGAGAAGAGAACAGAUUCUUGUAUCGAAUACCGAUAGGAACUCCUCGGCCUCAGGAACUCGUGCGGUCAACUACUGAGUUCGUUGUAACUACAGAAUCUUCAACAACUGUACAAACUUUGGUGGCAGGACCCGGAGGAUCUGCUUCGAUAAUGUCUUCCUUCUUAAUUACAAUUAUAUUAUUAACAAUAACUUUAAUUAUUAGAUAAAUUGGAUUUAAGUUAAUUACUGGACAAAUGGUUUUUUUUUUAAUACAAAUGGUUCGUCUGUGAUCAGCAUAGAGUAUUUCUGUGACGUAUUAAAUUCUAUACUUUUUUUCAACAUGUAAUAAUUUGAUAACCUAACGUCCGACUUCUGAAACGCUUCGGUUUACAAGAGCCGCUUACGAUUGUCUGAUUUUUUAUUGAAUUUGGAGAAUUGAGGCCUUUUUAAAACAAUCUAUAUUUAAAUUAUCGUAAUAUAAUUCGACUAUUAGUGGAGAAAGGCUUAUAGUAAAUUAAUAGUUCUGUUUGGACGUGUCAUUUUGUAGCAGUGGAAGCCCACGCUAAGAAAUGUUUUAGUACUAAGUAUUAAUAUUGCAAUCGCUGCCAUUACAAGACUAACUUUAUUUAUUUUAAUAAUAAUAUUGAAUAAAGAACUUAUUUAAUUAUUUUAUUCACAUUCCUACUUUUAAUCAGUUUAUUAUCGGCUUGCUUUUUUAAAUUGUAAU